AUGGCAAAUAUAAACUCUCCCGACAUGCACGGAUAUAAGCUUCUACAACAAGCAGUCAACAUGGACAUUCCAGUGAUUUUGCUAUCAGUUGAGGACAAUGAAUUCCUUGCAACGGGAGCUCUAGAACAUGGAGCUUUGCUCUAUAUCAAGAAACCAGUUACAUUGGACAUCUUGAAAUACCUUUGGCAGCAUGUGGAGAGAGAGAAAAUGAGCAAUUAUAAAGAAAAGGAAAGGCUAAUGGGAAUUACUCAAGCAAAUAAUAACAUGGGAGGGAUCGAAUUUAGAGGAGAAGUUGAGGAAGAAAACAACGUUGUUGGAAGCAACAACAUGAAGGACAACAAAUAUAAAGGAAAGAGGAAAAUACUAGGACGAAAGGGUUCAGUCGAGAAUGAAGAAUAUGAACCGGAACAUCAAAUAAUCGAUAAUAAGGUUAGGAAAAGAGUAUGCACGAGAAGAGUAUGUACUGAGUGGACUCGAGAACUUCAUGGAAAAUUUAUGGACGCUGUGGCGCAGCUUGGUGAUGGAAGGUGUUUCCCUAAAGAGAUCUUGAAGCGAAUGAAUGUGACUGGCCUAACAAGAAUGCAAGUAGCAAGCCAUCUUCAGAAAUGCCGGAAUGACAAUUGGCGACCUCCUGAAGAGCGAAAAUAUCAACAAAACUUUGUUCCUACAGCAUCUUCAGACGCUGAUUCUUCGGCCCAAAUUAAGCUCAGAAGAUUCGGAUCAAUGCCCGGUCAAAAAAAUAAUAGUUUGCUAUUUCAGGAGCAUCCCAAAGCCAGUGAAGGUUCUAAAAUCCAUUUUGAAAAGGACAUUCCCAAUGAUGAUGGACAUGAAACUAUAACUAUGGCACCAAUCAUGAAUUCCCAUCAGCAAUAUCAUGAGUCUGGUCCAAGCAAUGUCAGAACUGGCUCAAAUCCUUCAUCAAACCCUAGAUAUCCAUCCGAUGGUUUCUUUAAUUUUCUAGAGAUGGACUACUUUAUUCAUAAUUAUUCUAGCGUGCAACAAGGAUCUGGCAUGGACAUGAAUCAAAGAACUUCGCCUGAAGCAAUUCAUGAUCCUGACCAAGUUUCCCCUGAUCGGCAGAAUUCAGCAAUGCAAAACGCGGAUAGCGGGGGCCACUGGAGUUCAGAGACAUCAAUCUUUGCAAGCAACUCAUCAGAAACUGGAGGCCAAGAAACCUAA